GCAAGAGGAGGGAGAGAUAGCAGGGGAGGAAUGGAGAAGAGGAGACCGCUUUAAGAAACUGUUUGUGAGGCCUUUUAGCUCUGAGUGGACUGUAACUGGGAUGAGUGGCCUGGUGAGCUACAGGGUUUGACUUUCUGUUAGCUGAGGAUAAGCCGAUCAUGUAAAGAAAAAAAAAAAAAACAGAAAAAUAGAAAAAGCAAAAAGAGGAAAGAAAAACUUAACUGUUGUUGUAUCAAAGUGCUUGAUGGCUGUUACACAGGCCGUGCUCCCUUCCUUCAGCUCCUUCUCCAGCCUCGCUCACUCCAGUGACAAUAUGAAAGUGUGGAAAACUGAGGGUGGCUCUCUCCCUCUGGACUCUCUCAGCAACAAACUGUCACCAAGCAGCUCUGAGCAGCUGCAGGUCUCUCAACAUAUGACAGAGGAGCUCCUAGACGAUGACAGCCGGGCAUCCUGGGACAUUGAGUUCCUGUUGUCUGACUGGAGCAACCCUUCACCUGACCUCAACCCCUCUCUGGAAAACACUGAUCAACGGCUCCCACAGCUCGACCCCAACACGGCGUACCAAGAGGCCGGUAUGUUUAAGGACCAACCAGGACAGGAGUGUCUGCAGGUGAACAGUGGCAGCCUCAUGGCGGAGCUCCUGUCCCCUGCUGAAACCUCAACAGUCCAGCCAGAGCUGUACCACCGUGGUUAUAAUGGUGAGCAGACAGGUCGGACUUCAGUUCCCAGUCUACCUAAUGUAGAUCAGUUUGGCUUCCCGCAAGGAAGCAGAGGAAACCUUAUUAAGGUCACAUCAUGGGACUUCAACCCCUACUAUCCCCAGCAGCACCCGACUGUGGUCAAUUUCCCUGACAACAGGUUCAUCCAACCUCAAGCCGUGACCCCUGACCCCCGACACUACAGCUACAUGCCCAACUUCAAUCACAACACCAGCCUUUUCUGUGACUACACUCACGGCCAGGCCACUGGUCAUCUGCCCCUCCACCAGCAGCCCUUGCUGGUCAGACCCCAGCUGCCCCCUGCUGGGGUGGAGGGGAAGCGUGGUCGAAGGACCCCAGGGAAAAAGAGGCCCGCCAUCCACAGCUGUGAAUACCCUGGCUGCAGCAAGACCUACACCAAGAGCUCACACCUCAAGGCUCACCUUCGCACCCACACAGGGGAAAAGCCUUACCACUGUUCAUGGGAGGGCUGCAGCUGGAAAUUUGCCCGUUCAGAUGAGCUGACACGUCACUACCGCAAGCACACGGGCCAGAAACCCUACGAGUGUCUGCUGUGUCAGAGGGCCUUCUCCCGCUCUGACCACCUGGCUCUGCACAUGAAGAGACACACCUGAAGCUAUCACACACACACACACACACACACACACACACACACACACACACACACACACACACACAAAGAAAUGAAAAGGUAGAAAACUUGAUGACUUGGAUAUUGAGUGCUUGUCAGUGAUGACAGAUAUUGCCUGAACAUGUUUCCAGUGUUAACUUUAAUAAACAUGUACUUGAGUACUUGAGUAGUUGGCAGGUAAACAGUACAGGUUCACAGGUAGACUUAGACUUAGGCUGUGAAAACUGACAACGCAACCAGUGGUUGGUUGGUGUCACAAAUCAUUGUGUACAUGCUGCCUGGAUGUUGUUGAUGUUGUAAUUGUCAGAUUUCUUGUCUAUUUCUGGUUUACUUCAGAAGACAAAUGUGACAAAUCUAAUUCAAAAUCUUUCAACAUAUGAAAUUCUCUUUUUUAAAGAAACAAUGGAUAUCCAAAGCUUAAAAAAACUGACCAUCAGAUAAUGAUUGCUUAAGCACAAUU